GAAGUGAAAGAAUGCAACACACAUUGGAAUCUGUGUAGCGAGGAAUCGGCUUCGAAACUUGGAAAACAGAGAACAAAUUAAACAGAAAGCAGAUCCGGGACUGGGUCGAGGAAAAGAUAGGGAAACGAGGAAACAAUGUGAGGCUGUUUAAUGUUCUUUUUGGAAUUUAAACAGGAAAUCCUUAUUUUCUUGAACAAUGACAAGGAUGAGAAGCUCCUGUAGUGCUGUAGAACCUGCAGGUGUAGAUUUUGAUUUCUAAACAAGAGGAGGAUUAUUUUUAGGGGGGAGGGGGAGGAGAGCAACAACAUCAUGAGCCAGCGGCACUCUGUCGGUUCAGUGGGGGACCAGGCUCCCCUCCUGCUGGCGGGACAGUUUGCUUCUGACCUGCAGCUGGAUGCCAGCCUCAGCGAGCCCUCGGCUGCCGGCCCAUCCAGAGAAAAGCACCGCUCCCUGGGGCACCUCCCAAAGGAGGACUUGUCCCUGCCCAAACUCUCCACCUCUCCGGAGAACGAGCCCAAGAAGAUCAUCCUGAGCACGCAGAGCGAGGCGUCCCGAAGGCGGGGCACCCAGCAGCUCAUUCCCAAAGGCCUGGCAGUGGCCAGCAGGCCCAAGCAGAGGUACCACACCACGGGGGUGAGCAUGCCCAUGUGGGAGGCCAUCUCGCAGCAGGAGAAGCGCGCCUCUGUGCCGGCGGUGAGCUGGGAGGAUUACGACGCGGAUGAUUUUGAAGAGGAUGGUGGCGGCAUGCUGAGCAGGAAUCGGAGGAAUCAGUCUUACCGAGCAGCGGUCAAGGGCUUCCACAACGGGGCCCCGGAGCCUGUGAAGACAGGGGCAAGUCUGAAACCCGUCCAGGAGGAGAGAGCCCCCAGCCCGCGCAGCCCCAGCAGAAGCAAGAAAUCUCUAGGACGGAAGAGGAAUGCUAAGCAUGGUGGCUCCUUCAAAGAUGAGCCACGGCUGUACCAGGAGAUUCGGGAGAGGGGGCUCCACUCCAGCAACCAGGACCCAGACGACGACUUUGUGCACGUGGAGCAGCUGGGGCCGGACGAGGGAAUCGUGGUCAAGAACUACCGACCCACCCAGCUAACCUGGAGCCAGCUGCCCGAGGUACAAGAACGAGGCAUCCUGGAUCAGAUCUCACCAGAGGAGCGCAAGCGACAGGAGGCCAUCUUCGAGAUCAUCCUGUCCGAACACUCGUACCAGCACAGCCUGAACGUCCUGGUGCGCCUCUUCAAGAAGUCCAAGGAGCUGAGGAAGACCAUGAACAUCACGGAGCACCACCAUCUCUUCUCCAACAUCUCCGACAUCCUGGAGGUCAGCAAGAGGUUCUUCGCCGACUUGGAGAAACGACACGGGGACGACCCGCUGAUCAGAGACAUCAGCGACAUCGUGGAGAACCACGCCUCCACCCACUUCAAACCCUACAUAAUCUACUGCUCCAAUGAGGUUUACCAGCAGAGGACGCUGCAGAAACUACUGGCGAGCAACACGGCUUUCAAGGAGGCUCUGAAGCACAUCGAGAUGACGGCGGAUUGCGGGGGGCUGUCCAUGAUCUCCUUCCUCAUUCUGCCCAUGCAGAGAGUGACCCGUCUGCCUCUGCUCAUGGAUACGAUCUGCCAGAAAACCAGCACAGACCUUGAAGAAUACCACUCUGCAGUGAAGGCUUUGAAAUCCAUCAGCAAGCUGGUGAAGCAGUGUAACGAUGGAGCUCGCAGAAUGGAGAGGACCGAACAGAUGUACACCAUACAGAAGCAGAUGGAAUUUGGCAAGAUUAAGCCCUUCCCCCUGGUGUCUGCGUCACGGUGGCUGCAGAAGCGUGGCGAGCUGGCGGUCUGCACAGAGGAGCUCAGCAUCUUCUGGAAGGCUUUCUCCAACAAGAGCUACUACCUGUUCCUCUUCAACGACGUGCUCAUCGUCACCAGAAAGAAAAGUGAGGAGAGCUAUCUGGUGAUGGACUACGCCACUUUGGAGCAAAUAGAGGUGCAGCUCCUAGAGAGCAGCGAGGGUCAGCUGGCGAGUGGUUCACCGCGCAGCAGCUCCAGCCCCAACCCCAACAUGUUCAAGGUGUUGAUGAAGAGGAACAGCGAGGGCAAGGAGGAGCAGAUUGCUCUGGUCGCAGAGUCUCCGAGCGACCGAGCUCGCUGGGUCAUUGCCCUCCAGCACCACAAACACACAGACAACGACGACUUAAACAAAGAAGAUCUUCCGCAGGUGGAGAUAAUAAAGGGCUACAGGGCCAAGCAGCCAGACGAGCUGAGCUUGCAACAGGCUGACGUGGUCCUGGUUUUGCACAAAGUGGAAGGCUGGUUCCAGGGGGAGAGGCUGCGGGACGGGGAGAGGGGCUGGUUCCCUUCGUCCUGCGCCACCGAGAUAACGAACCGCAUCGCCGUGGAGCGCAACGUGCGGCGCAUGGAGAGACUGCGCAAGGAGACAGACGUGUGAGCGAGCAGAGAGCCGCCAGUCCAGGGAGCAGAGGAGCCAGCCAGGCUGCAGCAGCUGUCUGAACGCAGCUGGAACACCUGCAAUGAAUUUGGGGCGCCGUGCAGUUCCAUGGCUGCGUAACAGAGAGGUUCAUUAGAAAUGGAUCAGUAACGCAGGACCCCCCCAGACUCUGUUUCUAC